UAUAUAAUCAGAAAAAGAACAAAAAAAAGUAAAAACAAAAAAAGAUGGCGCAAGCUAUGACAUCGAUGACCGGUUUACGUGGACCGUCUAGGGCAACAUGCGAAGGGAGACUAGUGAGAGGGGCGGUGACUAGGGGAGGUGGUUUGGUGGUGAGGGCUCAGUCCCAGAGCGAGUCCGAGACGAGCCGCCGUGCAGUGAUCGGGCUCGUGGCGGCUGGGUUGGCUGGUGGUUCUUUGGUCCCGGCGGUUCUUGCUGACGCUAUUCCGAUCAAUGUUGGCCCUCCUCCACCUCCCUCCGGCGGCCUCCCCGGGACAUUGAACUCGGACGAAGCAAGAGACCUCAAACUGCCGUACAAGGACAGGUUCUUCUUGCAGCCACUGUCAGCAACGGAGGCAGCGUCUCGGGCCAAGGAAUCGGCGAAGGAGAUAGUGAACGUGAAGACAUUGAUCGACAAGAAGGCGUGGCCGUACGUUCAGAACGACCUCCGGCUAAGGGCCGAGUACCUUCGCUACGACCUCAACACGGUCAUCUCCUCCAAACCCAAGGACGAGAAGCAGAACCUCAAGGAUCUGACCGGCAAGCUCUUCCAAAACAUCACCAACCUUGAUUACGCGGCGAAGAAAAAGAGCACAUCCGAUGCGGAGAAGUACUACGCAGAGACAGUUUCGAGCUUGAACGAUGUUCUUGCCAAGCUUGGUUGAGAACAAGAGACUGAUGUUUCUUUUCACGUAAUAAGUCAUUUUUAAUCCCACGUGAUUUUGUCCAAAUACUUUGGCUAUCUCUUUAUUCUUCUUGUCUGAAUUCUCCGCCGGUUCAGAUUUCA